AUGAGUGCCGACGCUGCAUCAUUACCGUGCCCUAUCUGUUUACACACUGGAGUUUUUGAUACCCCUCAGUCUCUAAAAGACAGGCUGAUAUAUGUUUCCACAAAUAAAAUUCGAUGUCCAGUUUGCCAAGAAGAACUCGUUGGCUUAGAUAAACUGACUAUUCAUUUAUUUAGUCAUGUGAAGAUAUUACAAACUGAAGUUCCAGGGUUACAACAACAUACAAAGAUAAAAAAUACAUCUUCACAAAAGAAUUCAACGACGACAGACCAGCAGAAAAAAAUCAAAGCAACGGUAUCUAAAAAUAACACUUUAUCAUUAGCCAACACCCAAGUAAAGUAUGUGAAAAUUUAUCCCAAAUUACCAGUCAUAGCCAUCAAUGCCAUGCCAAUACUCGACAUAUCUAAAAGUCAAGAAAAAAGUAACUCUUCGUUAACUCAUGUCAAUAAUGAAAAAAAUGUCAUGCAAAGUAGCAAUAGAUGCAGCAUUUGUGGCUUACAUUUUGUGGAUGCUGAUAUACUUAAAAUGCAUAAAUGUCUGAUACACAACGUUGACGACAAUUCGAACAAUUCAUUAUCGCAAUACAAUUGUCACCUGUGCUCUAAAACUUUCAAGAUGAGAGGUUCGUUGAUGGUUCAUUUAAGAGUCGCGCACUAUGGUUUUACAUCAAAUGAUCAUUCAGAAUCUAAUUUGAAUACUGAGACCAAAGAGAAAACAGAAGUUAACUUAAAAGACAAACCGCACAAUGAUGACCGGCACGACGGUAAACAGUGGCAGUGCGAUGUAUGCAGAAAAUCUUUUACGACAAAAUAUUUCCUCAAGAAACAUAAGCGUCUUCAUACAGGUGAGACGCCGUAUGCUUGUAAUCAGUGUAAUAAAACAUUUACAUUUCAACAAUCUUAUCACAAGCAUUUAUUAUAUCAUAAUGAUGAAAAACCGCACACCUGCACUUUUUGUGGAAGAGCUUUUAAAGAAUUAUCUACUCUUCAUAAUCAUCAGCGAAUUCAUACUGGUGAAAAACCAUUCGCCUGCGAAACUUGUGGAAAAUGUUUUCGUCAAAGGGUGUCAUAUUUGGUACACAGGCGCAUACAUACCGGUGCCAUGCCGUAUAAAUGUACAGCAUGUGAAAAAAGUUUUAGAUAUAAAGUAUCCCAAAGGACCCACAAAUGUCAAAAUCAGCCUCCAGGUACAGUCGUUAGGAAAACUGUAAAUCUGGUUGAAAAAUUAAAAAAGAAACAAACAUUGGAAGUAUCUCAGGAAAAAGGGAAAGUUUUAGAUGAACAAAAUCCUAUUUACUCUAAUAAAAACUAUCCAGGCGUUUCAGAAGUAAACGCGGAAUUAGUACUAACAGGAGCACAAUUAUCGCUGGAAGAUAUGGAAUCUGAAAAUUUUACUAUAAUCAAUGACGAUUUUAAUCGCAAUCGACCAGUUUGUACAAGUGAGGCUCCGUCAGAAGAAAAACAUAUAGAAUCUUUUCCAAAUAACAUUGACGAUUUAAUAGAAUCUAUUCCUUUAAAUGACAAGAGUAUUCCUUCGCCAUCAGAAAUUUUAAAAAAUCUUUGCCUCUCUAAUGAUCACGAUUUUAUUUCUGAUAAUUGUUAA